AAUAUGGACAUUUUAAAAAAUUAAAAUUAAAAAUCAUCUAUGCACCGAUUCAAAAAAUUCAAAUGUUAAAAAUAAAUUUCGUUUUAUUAUUUUAGAAAUUUAUAAACUAUAAAUUUUUGGACCAGGACAAAUAUAUCAUGUGAUCAAAGUUAUUAUUUUAUGUGAGUGCUAAAUACUGAAAUUAUUAUUUAUACCAAUCAGGAAGCUCAACGUGUAUGUGUCUUUUGUAUGUCAUUUAAAAAGAAGUACGUGUCGUCAUAUCAUCCAGUAAUGCAACUAAAAAAAAUGAUUUUAAAAUCAGUCAACGUGAUAUCAUACAGCGACGAUAAAUAGGGACAAAAAAUAAGAUCAUCGCAGUAAAUAAAUUUUAUUCAUUUAAAUUAUUCCCAUUUACACCGAAUUUAAGGAACACUUCAAAAAACAGCUGAUUCGGCGGAGGGUCAGUUCUCUGUUAUUAUUUUUUUUAUUUUUUUCACUCCAAUAAUUUAUUUAAGCACAACAACAAACAGUAAUUGUUAUUACUUGACAAUUAAUAAGUUUUUAGAUGUCAUACAGAAACAAAAAAAGAAAGGCUAUGAUGUCCACGUAUGCAUUGACAAUUGCUGAUGAUAAGUGAUUUCUGAUAACAAAAAUAGACAAUAUUGGAGAUCGAUGGACGUCACGUCGAUGUGUUAUUAAAUUGUAAAUAAUUUAUAAAAGUAGUAAUUAGAAAUAUUAAAAUGAAGCCGAGCCAUAAGUUUGUGUUUCUGCUGUGGUUAGCAUUACUGAUGCUCUCCACUGCAGAACUUACCAAGGACAAGGAUGAAACUGAUGAUAGUAAUGAAAGAAAGUCCCAUCGGGAACAGCUGCCGCAAAAUGAUAUUACGGAGACGGCUAUUGAAGAUGAUGAAGAUUCGGAUGAUAGCGAUGAUAGUACUGUUAAUGAUGAUGAUGGUUUGAAUGAUUGGGAGAAUGUGCAUCAAAGGUUACAAGAACUCAAAGCUUUUAGGGAUUCGAUUCUUAAUUUGGUACCGGUGACAGAGUCGUUCCUCACGGAAAUAACGACGAAGCAGACUAAAGAGAGUGAUGAAGAAUCGCCGGCAUGGGAGGAAGACGUUGAGGAGGAUAUCCUUGAAGAUGAUGAAGAAGAACAAGUCAAAGAACCUUUGACACCUGAGCAACUAGAAGCUGAAGAAUUGUUCCAUAAAGCGCAGACUAUAUUGAAUGCCACGAGAAGUAAUAAAGCAGAGGCAUACAAACUGAUAACUGGAGCAGCAACUCUAGGCCAUAAGGAAGCGAGAUCAAUGUUGGCGUGGGCUCAGUUAUUAGGAACGCAAACUGGUCUGCCCUCAGCUAGUCAAGACAUCCCAGCGGCUUUGCAAACAUUUAAAGAACUUGUAGAAACGGGGUUACCGUCAGCACACAUGGGGAUGGGAUUUUUCUAUGCGAUGGGUCUAGGUGGAGUGAACGCGUCGCAAGCAAAAGCUCUACUGCACUACACGAUCGCUGCCAUAGGCGGUGAUACCCGGGCGCAAAUGGCCGUUGGCUACAGAUACUGGGCCGGUGUGUCGACUCGUCCGUCGUGCGAAAGUGCGUUGAGUUUUUACCGGAAAGUCGCCAAUAAAGUCGCGGACCAAGUGACACUCAGUGGAGGUCCGGUUGUUCAGCGGAUCAGACUACUGGACGAACAAGAAAAUCCUGAGUAUAACUCUGGUAUUUUGGAUGAUGAUUUGAUUGAGUACUAUCAGUUGCUUGCGGAACGCGGAGAUGUUCAGGCCCAGGUCGGACUAGGUCAGCUGCAUUAUCAAGGCGGCAGAGGUGUCCCACUGGAUCAUCAACGAGCUCUUAACUAUUUCCAGCACGCCGCCAAUGCUGGUAAUCCUAUUGCUAUGGCUUUUUUGGGAAAGAUUUAUUUAGAAGGAAGUGAUAUAGUAGAACAGAAUAACGAUACAGCUUAUAAAUAUUUUUCAAAAGCAGCAAAACAUGGUAAUCCAGUAGGACAAAGUGGUCUAGGAUUGAUGUAUUUAUAUGGAAGAGGAGUUAAACGUGAUACCACUAAAGCUCUGGAGUAUUUUAGCAAAGCUGCUGAUCAGGGUUGGGUUGAUGGCCAAUUACAAUUAGGGAACAUGUAUUUCAGUGGGACAGGUGUAAAACGUGAUUAUAAAAUGGCAAACAAGUACUUCAACCUCGCAAGUCAGUCUGGACAUGUGCUGGCAUUUUAUAAUUUAGCUCAGAUGCACGCGACGGGUACGGGAAUGAUGCGAAGCUGUUCAGCAGCCGUUGAAUUAUUCAAAAACGUCGGCGAACGCGGCAAGUGGAGUGACCAAAUGAUGACAGCGCAUUCGGAUUACCGGGAAGGAAGAGUCGAUCAGGCUUUCGUACGGUACGCUCUCCUCGCGGAAAUGGGUUACGAAGUUGCUCAAAGUAAUUCCGCGUACAUCCUGGAGAAGGGUGAAGUCACUGUCCUGACUCCUGAAGAAGGACUUGUGAUGGCGCUGGCUUUCUGGGCACGUGCUGCAGCUCAAGGUUACUCACCAGCUCAGGUAAAACUUGGUGACGCGCAUUACUACGGACGAGGAACGAAAGUAGACUACGAAGCAGCUGCUCGUUACUACCGACAAGCGUCCGAACAACAGCACAAUGCGCAGGCAAUAUUCAACCUCGGUUACAUGCACGAACGUGGACUUGGUCUGGCCCAAGACCGUCAUUUAGCUAAACGCUGCUACGAUUUGGCAGCAGAAGCGAGUCCCGAUGCGCGAAUCCCCGUUGCUUUGGCUCUUAUAAAACUCUAUCUAUUAUUUGGCAUCGAUUAUCUCAAAGAGUUUAGUUUUAAUGAACACUUGGCCAAGUGGGACCAGGUUCUAGGACAGAAUUGGGACUUAUAUGUGAUUGGUGUACUGACGGGGAUGUUGAGUCUCGUGAUUUACUUCCGCAGGCCGCAGCCUCCGCAACCGCAACGAGGAGCCGGUGGUGCUGCACCAGCAAGAACUGGAACUGGAGUCGGAACUGGAGCUGCUCCGGGACCUGGACCCGCAGCCGGAGUUAACGUUCCGCCUGUUAAUAAUUAAUUGAUUUUUUUCUACGUACGGAAGCGAGUGAACGCAAUUAAUGUAAAUUUAAAUUGAAUUUGUACACGUGUUCAAGUGGUUUCAUGUAUGUUUUUUAAUUACAAUUAAAUUACGCGCGCUAACGUACUACUCGGCUGUUGAAAAAUAUUUAUUAAAAUCUUUACUCGUUUUUUUUCUUAAUUUUAUUUUCCAGUGUAAUAAUUAUUAAAAUUGAUUUUAAAUCUAAUUCUAAAUAAAAUUAACGUCGGAUUACAUUAGUUUGAAAAACUAAUUAUGAUUAUACUCUCGUGCUUCGACGUUACCAAGCGAUAAAGUAAAAAAAUGAAUAAAA